AUGUUUCAGAAGCAUAUCUCUCAUUUUGAACCACCUAAUAGUAAUUGGAAUAUAGUAGAAGACAGUUUGAUAUAUCGUCAUGUCAAAGAGAAGGAGGAAAAAAUUUAUAAAAAAAUAUUUUCAUUCGAUUUAGAUAACACAUUAAUUCUAUCUCGCACCUUUUUCAAGCCUGCACAAAAUGAACACGACUAUAUUUUUUACUCCGAUAUAAUUGAUUUCCUAAAAAAGAAGCGAUCAGAGAAUUAUAAAAUUAUCAUAUUUUCUAACCAGAAAGGAGUAAGUACCGGUAAAAUAAGUCUACGAAAUGUUAUAAAUAGAGUUGAUGAUGUAAUAGAUAAAAUAGGUAUACCCUUAGAAUGUUAUUUAGCAUUAAAAAAUGAUAAGUAUAGAAAACCUAGAACAGGCAUGUUCAAUUUUGCUAAACAGAAUAAUAAAUGUGAAAUAGAAGAAAUUAUUUAUGUAGGUGAUAAUGCAAACCGAAUAUAUGAUGAUAAUUUUAAAGUAAAAUUUAUUAACCAUUUAAGAUAUAUAUAUAAUAAAAAUAAUGUAAAUGUUAAUAUAAAUGAAAUAGCUAAAAGACUGCAGAAAGAUUAUACAGACACAGAUUUAAAAUUUGCCUUAAAUAUAAAUGCCACCUUUUACACUCCUGAAGAAUUAUUUCUUAAUAUAAAAAAUAACUUAACAGUGGACUUUUCUUUUAAACCUAUGAAUUUGUAUAAAAAUAUGGAGAUAAAAAAUGAAGGCGAAAAAGAAAACGAACAAAAUUUAUUCCUUCAUUUGGUUCGACAGAAUAUGGAAGACACGUAUAGCACAUAUAAUGAAAGUACCAUUUCGAUAAAUAACAAAGAUAAUAAAAACCCACAAACAUUACUUCAAAAUAAAGAACAAAAGCUAAUAAUAUUAAUAGGGGCUCCUGGUUGCGGCAAAACGUUUUUGUGUGAAAAUUAUUUUCUUGGUUAUACGAAUAUUAAUUUAGACGAAUUAAAAAAAAGAAAUAAAUGCAUAAAUAUGUUAAAAAAUGGUAUUAUUCAGGGAAAAAAUGUAGUAAUAGAUGGUGCAAAUAUAUAUGCAAAGAACAGACUAACGUACAUCAAUGAAGCGAAAAAAAUUAACAGUAAUUUAAAGGUUAACGCUAUAUUUUUUAAGUACUCAAAAGAUUUAAUCUUUCAUUUAAAUACUUUUAAAUUAAUUACAGACAAAUCAAAAAAAAUGAUUGAUAUUCCUACUGUUGGUAUUCACUCUUUUUAUAAAUACGUUGAAGAACCGACAGCAAAUGAAAAUUUUGAAAAAGUUAUAAUUUUAAAUGAUGAAAAUUUUGUGCCAACGAAUUUUAAAAAUGAGGAAGAAAAAAAGCUGUUUUUUUCAUAUUUAUAUUAA